AUGAUACUCAACCCGUUACUUUUCAAGGACUUAUUCACGAUUCUCAGGAUGAGCUGUUUGAAGUGCCAUCGGUUUAAAAUUCCGGUAGAUGUGCGUAAGCACGUGUUGCAGAACACUGGCGAACGAUUGGUAGCUGCGAUGAAGGAGCGUGUGGAAGGACGGUGUCCGUACUGUGCAAGCAGAGACCGGCUCAAAAAGCUUAAUCUUAAGAUAGUGAAUGGCACGCAGUAUGUACAGCCGUUCCGUGUAUAUCGUAUUGUAUGUGCGCUUCGGAAGAACGAGCCUGCCCUCUUUGAACGCAUACACAUUGAUUACAAAGCAUUCUUUAUGCAUAAAGUGUUUGUGCUUCCGAAUAAGUUUCGACCGCUUAACCGCAUGAACGAUAAAAUAUUUGAGAGCUCGCAUAACAUUCAUCUGUCAAGGAUUGUAAAGAUUAAUCGAGUGCUUAAGGAUGAGAUCGAGAAGCUGCGGAUUAAAGACGAGGAGAGCAAAAGAAGUAAAGGAAAUGAAAGUGAGAAAAUUGGAAUGGAUAGGGAGAUUGGCGUAGACGAGACUGAUAGAGUGAGCGGUGCAGAUAAGACAAAUAGAAGAGGCAGAGAAAGUAAAACGAGCGAGGAAAGAAAAAGGGCUGAAAAGGAUGAAAAUAGAAAAAGUGAAAUGAGCCGAGAGCAACGCAUAAACAAGGAUUUGUGCAGCAACAUUAUCAGCAAAAACAAUCGACGUGCAUGUUUAAGUACCGCAAAUAUUGAUCAGGCUAAUCGAUCAGACAAAGAAGCUGUGGAAAAAGGUCUUGGCAUCGAAAAAGACAACAGAGUAAAUACACACAUUGACGAUGACCUGUUGAACAUGCUCAGUUGUGCUGACGAAAAAAGCGUGGCCUUGAUAAAUGGCCUGAUAAACGCGCUGCAAUGUGCAGUGCAGCACUAUUUCGACAGCACGGAGUACCCAAAUAAGAAAAAACCGCCCGGUUUCAAGCAAACCUUGGAGAAGAAGGAAUGACUGUUCAGGCAGAACAUGAUGGGUAAGCGCGUCAAUUACACGGCACGUACGGUAAUAUCACCUGAUCCAUACAUCGCAACAGACGAGAUUGGCAUACCGAUGCAUAUCGCACGCAGGCUUACGUUUCCUGAGCGAGUUACGCCAUUUAACAGACAGCGUCUUGAGCGCUGUGUAAUAAACGGACCGAUAUUUCCAGGUGCAGAAUGCAUCGUAGAGAAUGGUGUCAAACGCAGCCUCAAAUAUGUGAAGAACAGGGGGGCGCUUGCCAAGACAUUGCUCAAGAACAGCGCUGUGGUACAUCGACACAUGACAUAUGGUGAUAUGGUGCUGGUCAACCGGCAGCCCACAUUGCAUAAGCCCUCUUUAAUGUCGCACCGCGUAUGCAUCUUGAACGAUAAAACAAUACGGAUGCAUUAUGUGAACUGCAACAGCUACAACGCAGACUUUGAUGGCGAUGAAAUGAACAUUCAUCUCGCGCAGAGCCUGGUGGCGCGUGCAGAAAAUGCGUAUCUGAGCAGCACACACGAGAACUAUGCAUUAAACGGCAAACCUGUGCGUGGGCUGGUACAAGACUAUGUAGUAAGCGUGUUUAAUAUUACUUUAAAGGACCGGUUGUUCAGCCGGUCAGAGAUCAACGAAUUGCUCAUUGCAUCGCGUGAGUUACGUUUUACGAUCACCAGCCCAGCCGUGCUACGUCCAAAAGCAUUGUACACCGGCAAGCAGUUGGUAGCGAUACUUUUGUCAGCAUACGAUCUUAAAAUGAACUACUUACAUACAAACAAGAUUAGUACGUUAUACUGGAAGGAGCAUUAUGAGGAGAGCACCGUACGCUUUCACAAUGGUUAUUAUGUGCACGGCGUGCUCGAUAAGAGUGAGGUGGGUCCCUCUAAGGAUGGUCUUGUGCACUGUAUAGGGAUGCUCAAGGGCUUCCAUGUAUGUAACGAUAUCCUUACGGCUAUAGGGCGUAUGGUAAGUCGAUACUUGGUUUGUUACGGACAGCCUCUGGGAAUUAGUGAUUUUGUGCUAGAGAAGAAACACGAACGGAUUAGGGCCGAUAUUUUUAAAGAAGGGAUGGAACGAGGCGAUGGUGUGCUACAGGGGUACGUGCAGGAAGUGUUCAAGGAUGUUGGAGGUGGUAGAGAUGGGAAUACUAAAAAAGAAAACACCAAAAAUGUUAAUUAUGGUAUAGACAUUGACAACGAUACCAACACAACUAUUGAUCCAGUCGGUGUUAUUAACCAUGUUACGGUACCUUCAUCAUCUACCCUAUAUAAUACACCCGUAACGAUGGCGCCUAUGAUAAAUCUCAGCAAAAACGAAAGAAUAAACUUGGACAACGUAAUAAAGAAAGAAAUGCACACUGUAACAUCACAGGUGGGUGAUUUACUCAUCAAAGGCAUAGAAACACCCUUUCCUUUGAACAAAAUGGCGAACAUAAUAUUAUCAGGUGCUAAGGGCAGUAUAGUGAACUUCUCACAGAUAAGUGGUUUACUCGGUCAACAAAGCUUAGAAGGUGGAAGAGUGCCGUUGAUGAGUAAUGGUCGCUCUUUAUGCUCUUUUCUCAGUAGCAAUGUGCUUUCUGGUGGUUUUAUUUUCAAUCGGUUCCUUACCGGUCUAUCACUCAGCUCGUUUUUCUUCCAUUGCCAGGCUGGUAGGGAAGGUCUCAUUGAUACAGCUGUAAAAACGAGUAGAAGUGGAUAUUUGCAAAGAUGCAUAGUUAAGAUGAUGGAGGGUACGGUGGUGCACUAUGAUACGAGUGUGAGAGAUGAUUUGUUGGUGCAGUAUGUGUAUGGAGAGGAUGGCAAGGAUCCCAAUAGGAUACUAAACGAACGGUUUAUAGAGAUGAAUACGGUUAAAGACCAGAGUGAUGAUAAGAACGUUGAGAAUAAGGACUGGGCCGAUGGUGAGAACAUUACUAAAGACGAGAGUAAUGAGAAAAAGUGUAAGAACAUUGACAAAUCCAACACCGCUAUUUGUAGUACGGAAACAGAAGAUAAACCACCUUUGAAAGGCACAGAUAUGCAGAUAAGCAGUGCAUUUUUGAGGCAAAGAAUACAACCGGGUGAAAGUGUUGGCAUGAUUGCUGCACAGGCAAUAGGCGAGCCAUCAACGCAAAUGACCUUGAAUACCUUUCACCUUGCAGGUUGUGCAACGAAUGUAACACUGGGAAUGCCAAGGCUAAAGGAGAUACUAAUGGUAGGCAGUAAAAAUGUGAGUACAGUGAUAAAAGGAAAGAUAACAAACAGAAUUACGUUUGAUCCUAGCACAGUGUUCCUUAAGGAUGCUCUGUUCUACUUUAAGGUGGUUGAACGGAAUGAAACGGAUGUAUUGUUUGUUUUGAACAGGGAUGUCGGCAAGGAUACGAUCGUACGGUUCAAGAGAAUGUUUUUAAAAGAGAUUAACAAGGGUAUGGGGAAGAGAGUGACGGUACGCGAAAUUAUCAGGAAUAAUAAAAGGGAUGUUGGGGAUGGUCUGGAUAGCGAUAACAGUAGUGAAGAUUGCCUGGAUAGUAGUAGUAAUGGGGCUGGUUUAAGUACUGGCAUUGAUAGUAAUAGAGGCAGGAAUAUCAGUAUCAGUAAUGAUGAGAACGAUGCUGUAGUCGAGAAUAAUAGCAAUGAAACUGCUGGAAAUACGAUCAAUGAUGGGAACGGUGCCAUCUUUUCAAGGAUAUACACGGAGCAAGAACUGAUAGAGCAGAUUAGAGACCAUUCAUGGUCAUACAACGUAAUAAGAGUAACACUGAGUGCUUGCGUACCAGUAAAUUCUACGAUAGAAAAAAUGAGAGAAAAAUUUCGAUUGCUAGACAGCGAUAUAACAGGCAUAGAAAUAAAUAACGAUGAAGUAACGGUGCUAGGGUGUGACUAUCACACGUUCUUUAAUUAUGUGCCAAGUCACGGCGUGUAUCUGAACGAUUAUAUCGAUUUUAAUACGUGUAUAAGCAAUGAUGUAUACAAUACAUGGGAGGUAUUAGGCAUAGAAGCAUGUAGAUCGGUGAUCAUCAGAGAGAUAAGGGCGGUGUUUCAAGCGUAUGGUAUAGAAAUUGAUGUACGUCAUUUGAUGCUGAUUGCUGAUAAAAUGACCGUUACGGGUGAAUAUGUCGCGUUUAAUAGGCAUAGGAUGGGUGGUUCGGUGCUUGGGAAAAUGUCCUUUGAAAGCACCUACAACUUUUUAAGGAAGGCGUAUCUUUAUGGUUGUGAUGAUGAGUUAGAAGAACCAAGUGCACGUGUUGCUCUCGGAUUGCCAGUUAGAAACGGAACAGGUAUGUUUGAUCUGCUCUACGAUGAUAAAUAG